AUGCCUGCCGAGUCGUCUUCUAGCGAGGACAACUUGAUUCAGUGCUAUAACAAGGGUUGUGGGCAAAAAUUUGACCCACAAGCCAAUAACACAGAUUCAUGUUUAUACCAUCCUGGUCCUCCAUACUUCCACGAUGCUUAUAAGAUUUGGAACUGUUGUAACAAGAAGAGCACCGACUUCGGCACAUGGCUCAACUUUCCGGGAUGUACUCGUGGAAAGCACAAUGGAGAAAAACCUGCUGACAUCGUUAAAGUGGCCGCUGUGAAGGAAAUUCGACCAGAAAAGGUGGGUGUAGUGCAAGCUGCGAUUGGAUAUGGUUCUAAGGAAGGAGCAUGUGAUGUGGAGAAAGAGGAUUCAUAG